UACGUCGAUGUUACAAUCAUUAGAGUCCUGACCGCAAACAGCUGCAGAUAUGCUCAAGCGGGAGUUCGCAGCCAUGGACAUCCUAUGGACAGCAAUGCCGACCGCAAUACUCAUUUCGUCGCCUACGAAUUCCGCGUCAUGAUCCCCACCGUUACCGACAUUACCAGCGUUACUACACGGGUUGCCGAGAUACACAAGAAUUGUAUAUCUCCCCGUAACCAGUUCGGUAUCCCGUACCCAGCUUUCGACGGUUGCAAGCCGCAAUGAUUCCCUCUCAGCGACACUUGAUCAUUUACCU